CUCUUCCACCACCCCUGUUGCGGAUCGACUCAGUGUGGAUGGCGGGUACCCAGCCGAGGCAGAUACGAGAAGGAUGAGUAUACAACGCGCAACCGGGUCGUGCAGUUGGGUGAGUCGAGCUCGGGUUGGCGAAGCGUCAGUGGUCGCUCAGCGACUGUAGAGGCCGGAAGAGAUCGAGGCACGAAGGAGAAGCAGACGCUCGACGCGUCGGGUUUCUCACCCUCCGAACGAGGUAGAGUUUACUCGAUGCGCGUUCUCGUCGUUCCUGCCACCCCCUGCACCCCUAGGAGGCCAGGAGGAGGGAAGGAAGGAAAGUGAAUACAAGAGUGCGCGCACACGAUAGUACAUACAUAUAUAUAUGCACAUAUAUAUAUGCACAUAUGACGUUUCGCGCUUUUGUUCUGUUCUAGAUGUGCGUGCAUAUGUGUGUAAUGUGUUUUACAUCGUACCAAGAGAUAUGCUUCUUGCGUCUAUAUACAGCCCCCAGAUGAUAUCCGGAAAGAGAGAGAGAGAGCGAGAAAAGAUCCUAAAUAUACGUAAAGCGGAAGAGAAAGAUAUCGGGGAAGGUCGAAUUUCGAAGAAGUCAUCCGAUAAUUGCAACUAGACUAAUAUAAGGUACUGCGUGAGAGAGAAAGAGCAGAGAGCAGUUGUGUCUACUACCAUGGAUGAUUCGAAUCAGGCUUACUGCCUCCGCUGGAACAAUCAUCGCUCGAAUUUACUGACCGUCUUCGAUAACCUGCUGCAAAACGAGUCAUUCACCGACGUCACCCUCGCCCUCGAGGACGGUCAAAUCAUCAAGUGCCACAGGAUCGUCCUAGCCGCGUGCUCGACCUACUUCCAGAAUAUACUUCUCAAUCUGCCCAAUCUGCACCCGGUGAUCGUGCUGAAGGACGUCAAGUACGCGGACAUGAAGGCGAUCCUGGAGUACAUAUAUCGCGGCGAGGUGAAGGUGAGCCAGGCCGAGCUGACCAGUCUGCUGAAGGUCGCAGAGUCGCUGCAGGUGAAGGGUCUGAUAGAGCACACCGAGGAACAAUCCUCGGCGCUCGAUUUCCGAUGUCGCGGACAGGACGACGUAAUGGAAACGUCCGUGUCGCCACCCCCGUCUAUCAGCACCAGCACCAUUAUUUCCAACGCGACGGCGCACAGCAGCGAGCACACAUCGCCGCCACACUCCACUGGGGGUGUUUACGACUACCACAGCAAGUCCUUGUCGGCCACCCAACUCCGGACUCGGUUGGUUGAGCAACUCUCCACCUGGACCUUGAGCAGCCCGCAGCACUUCAAGCGCGAUUUCUUCCCGGCACGAUUACAGCAUUCCUCAUGCUCGGACCUGCGUGGCAACGGCAUCUCCUACGACAACCCGUUGAUUGACCAUUCGAUGUCGAAACUCGACAACCCGUGCCCCAGGCGCAUCAAGAACUCGCUGCAGUCGAACCUCACGAACCGCGACACCCCGAUACUGCGCACCGUCCUUGGCCAGGGUCACGUCGACAGCUCGGUUCAAGACCUGCAGCCGUUGCUGCAUCCCGACAGCCACGAAUCCACGCAUUUUCGCGCGAGCAGCAGUAAUGGCUCCACCCAUGACAACGAUCAUCGUCACGGGAACCUCGAGCACAUUCACGAAGAGUCAGCCCACAGCUCCUACGUGGACACUCCUUCCGUGGACGAGGACAUCAAGCCGUUGUCGCCGCAGUCGCACGCCGGGGAUAGCAAGUCAGGUAUCGGGUGCAGGCGAAGCCCAACUGGAAACGCGGGUUGCGUACAGGCGAAGCCCGAGUGGAAACGAUACAAACAAUACACCCGAGACGACAUCGCGUCAGCGAUCGAUGCGGUGAGGAAAGGGAUGAGCGCUGUGCAAGCGGCCCGGAGGUUCAGCGUCCCAUCUCGCACCCUCUACGACAAGGUGAAGAAACUCGGCAUCCCGACGUCGCGGCCCUCUAAGCGUUCGUCGAUCAGCAACGGAAGCGCGGCCUGCUUCCCGUACGGAAUCGGCGGCAACGUGAACGGUAGUAUUUACAACAGCAACAGCAACUUGAUCUCUUCCGAGAACGAGAUCGAUACCAGCAACAAUGUGAUCGAGACCACGAGCAGCAGCACGUCGAACGCCAGCGUGUUCGACACUCUUCACGCUAAAUUGGCGAAGGAGGUGUCGCAGGAUCGCGAUUCGAUGAUCGAAACGAUGGCGAGUUGCAGUCUGAGUCCGGUCAUGCAUUGUUCCAAACUGAAGCAGCAGCAUUCUGACGAUGAGGUGGAAGAUUUAUCGGUGAGUCGGAAAUCCGAUAUUCCGGUCAUAGUCCAGCAUUUGACGUCAUCGGACAUAAAGGACGAACCGAAAGAAACCACAGACAAUAAAGACUGCAGUUAUAAUUGAUUUUUUUUUCUUAUGCUGAACCUGCAUCCAAGAUAAUCCUACUUGUGGCUUGUCUGACGAGGAGAAUACCCCAACUGCCAACCGAGUUUUUUAAUGAGCUUUGGUGUGGUGGUAGAUUAGGAAAAUAUAAGAUUACGCCUCCAAUAUUAGCCGUAGAUACGCAGCCGUUUUCGAGAAUGUGAGCAUGGCGAGCACGUUAUCUACCUUAAAUUUAAAGGUUCAAUCGUAGCAUUUUGUUAGCCGCGCAACGAACGCACUGGACUCACAGUCCAAAGAUCAUGCGAGCCUCGGCACUGUCC